AUGGAUCUCGCAAAGUUACAGAAGAUGCAGCAGAGUGGUACGUCUACUUUUAUUUUUGUCCUGUUAUCGGACUCUUCAAACCCACUACCGAACCUCGUCUCUAGGCUUAAAAUUGGAAAGGGAACUCCCCGCCGUAAGAUGAAGAAGGUCCACAAGUCCUCCGGCACUGAUGACAAGAAACUCCAAACUGCGUUGAAGAAGAUGAACGUCCAGCCCAUCCAGGCGAUCGAGGAGGUCAACAUGUUCAAGGAAGACGGCAAUGUUAUCCACUUCGCUGCCCCCAAAGUCCAAGCUUCCGUUCCCAGCAACACUUUUGCUAUUUACGGCAAUGGUGAGGAGAAGGAACUCACUGAAUUGGUCCCCGGCAUUCUUAACCAGCUUGGCCCUGACUCUCUUGCCUCCCUCCGCAAACUCGCUGAGAGCUACCAGAGCAUGCAGAAGAAGGAAGAGGGCAAGAAGGAUGAUGAGGAUGAUGACGAUAUCCCAGACCUAGUUGAGGGCGAGAACUUUGACAGCAAAGUUGAAUAA